AUGCCGGCGAACGACCGUCUAGACAAGCUCUUCGCGGCGGUCCUGGCCCGCCGCGAAUCCAAGGGCCAGCUCCGGAAACUGACGCUCGUCCCGGCCGGCACCGUCGACUUCUCGUCCAACGCGUACCUGUCUCUCUCAGCCCACCCGGACAUCCGGCGUCGGUACCUCGCCUGGAUCGAGGCCCACCUGGGGUCGUCCGAUCCAUCAUCCAACGGCGCCGGGGAGAAUCCGCGGCUCCUCGGCUCCGGCGGCUCGCGCCUGCUGGACGGCAACGCGUCCCAGGCGGAGUCGCUGGAGAAGGACGUCGCCGCUUUCCACCGCGCUCCGGCCGGGCUCCUCUUCAACUCGGGCUUCGACGCCAACGCCGGCCUCUUCGGCUGCGCCCCGCAGCCCGGGGACGUCAUCGUCUACGACGAGCUCAUCCACGCGAGCGUGCACGACGGCGCGAGGCUGAGCCGGGCCGGCAAGAAGGUGGCCUUCGCGCACAACACGGUGGAACCCGCGGAAGCCCGGAAAUGGCCGCCGAGCCUGAGCGAGGUGCUCGCGGGACUGACCGACGGCGACGGCGGCCGGCAAGUGAGGGACGGUUCCAGGCGCGUCUUCGUCGCCGUCGAGGGGGUCUACAGCAUGGACGGAGACGUCGCUCCCCUGAGACAGGUUGUCGAGUGCGUCGAGCGGCAUCUGCCUCGCGGAAACGGUCUCGUCGUCGUUGACGAGGCGCACUCGACGGGCCUGCUCGGGGCGAGAGGCCGAGGGCUCGUCUGCGAGCUGGGACUUGAAGACCGUGUUUGGGCCCGCGUGCACACGUUCGGCAAAGCAAUGGGUUGCUCUGGAGCAAUUGUCCUGUGCUCCCAUACCACUCGAUCGUACCUCAUCAACUACGCUCGUAGUCUCAUCUACUCCACCGCCAUGCCCUUCACAACACUGGCGAGCAUACAAACGGCAUACGACUUCAUCAGAGACGGCCACUCAGAGAAGCUCAUCCGCCAUCUCUGGUCUCUCGUCGACCGCACCAACGACCUUCUGCUGACGCUGCUGGACCGUCACCGGCCAGAAAAGACCUUGAUGCGCCUGGCUUCGGGCAGGCCCAAGUCCCCCAUCAUACCACUGUUCACCUCGGACCCGCGUGGUCUCGCGCGGCACUGCCAGCAGCGUGGCUUCAUGAUCCGACCCAUUGUUGCGCCUACGGUUCCAGUGGGGGGCGAGCGGGUGCGGAUAUGCCUUCAUGCCGCCAACACCUUUGACGAGGUUGAGGGCCUGGUGUCUGCGGUCGAGGGCUGGCUGGUAGCCCAGCUGGCGGACCGGGGGGAGCUCUUCGACCGUGCCUUGAUCGCGCAGUCGGGGGUGUCAAAGUCUCGGCUAUGA